UUCCUUCAAGUGUAGGCCUAUGCUUUAAAUAAAGUUUUAUACAAAAAAUUGAGGAAGGAGAAAAAGGCGGAAGAAGGUGGAAGAAGAAGAAAUCAGCCAUCUUCGUGAGGUCGAAAUCUGCAGUGCAGGAUGCCGAGACAUUGCUCAGCCGGCGGCUGCAAGUCUCGGGACAACCGUGAGACUCGUAGUGCUGGGAUCACCUUCCACAAACUACCAAAAGGAGCGACCCGGAGGAGCCUCUGGAUCAACAACUGUCACCGGGCGGACUCCUGGGACCCUCAGACUGACUUUGUUUACUUCUGCUCCAAACACUUCACCCCACAGAGCUUCGAGCUGACUGGAUGCAGUGGGAUCAGGAGACUGAAGGAAGAGGCUUUUCCUACAGUGUUUGACUCUUCUUCAACAACCAAAGGGAAGAGAAGAGCGACACAGCAGACAGCAGGAGGUCUGCGUCUCAGGAGGAAUCGGCGCUCAGGCGACCUGCAGAAUGCUCAGCAGAAGACAGACGGGGGUGAAACUUCCAAACAACCAAAUGGAAACACACCUGCAUCUCCCCAAGAGCCCUCAGAGGUGGAGCAGCUCCCACAGCAGGAAUCCAGUCUAGAACCAGAACCAGCGUGUCGUCCGCAGUCCCCAUCACGUUACAUGAGGCGUCUGCCCCCUCCUCCAGGCUUCUACCUGCCCAAGGAGCACAGCUACGCUCAGCUCUGCCCCCUGCUGUGGAGGAGACGCUACGACCAGGCCAUAGACUGCUUGGAGAGAGCCUUACGACAGCUGCAUGCGGCCCGGCGGAGGGAGAACCGCCUGCGGAGCACCGUGCUGAGGCUGCGGGACAAACGGCUGAAGCACACUCUGCUCCUGUCACAAGAUAGUUCUAGAACCUGGGGGGAGAAGAGACUAGGCAAAGGAGGUUCUAACCAGGGGGGGAGAGAUGCUAGAUCUGAGGGUGUAGGGUUGUUUGAGGACAGAUGUGUGGAUCAGAUGGAGCAUUGUCUGCCAGACUCGAGCAGCUGCUCUGAGGAGGAGAAGGGAUUCUGCUUCUACUGUGGAAGAGGCCCGGAAGCACGCAGAGCUUCAAAGACUUCAAAUGAUGUGGAGUCUGCAGUGCAUGAGGACACGCUAAAAAUGAGGGACCGGGUAGAAACCAGUACAGCCGCAAACACUACAAACAUACAGGAAAGACCACCUGGAAAAAGUGUAGAAAGUAGUGACUUAAAUGGAAUAAAUCCCCAAGUCCUGCUCCAAACUCAAGGUGUCCAACAUGUGAUCCCUGGGAUGUCUCUGUCUGAUUUUCAUGAGCAACUGCUGCUCUCUGAGGGGGAGAGUGGGGCUCUGGGUGAGGAGGCUCCCCUCCAGCAGCUGUUCCUGAUACAGGGGGGGGGAGAGGGGCAGCUCCUCCUGGUGCCUGUCCCUGCUGAAGAUAAAAUACAGAGCUUUCUCAAGAUGGAGUGCGCUCUUGAUGAAGGGCAAGUUUCAGAACUGGAAGUGAAACAGCUGAUGGAGAGGGGGGGAGGCCAGCAUUCGGUCCUCAGCACCGAGACAGGGGAAGAUGUGAGGGAGAAACUUAAAGAACAUCUGGAGGGAUUUCACCUCCAGCUCAGCACAGAGUUUAUAAACUGACGGGAUGUUCUGAAUGAACACCACAAAUCAUUCUGUUACAGUAAUCAUUCAUUUGUGCCACUCUUACAUUUACUGAAUGUGUAUUUCAGAGGCUGCAUGGUCUUUUAAAAAAGCUUUAUGGACUUCUUCAGUUGUUCUUCUUUUGAAGGAUGAAUUGGUUGUUUAAUGUGCAGAGCCAAGCCCAAGUGAAUAUAUCUGUUUGUGUUUCACAGCCUGGUGUGUCUUCUUCCUCCCAGCUCCAUUGUUGUUAUCAAUCAAUCAAUGUUUAUUUAUAUAGCCCAAUAUCACAAAUGUUACAUUUGUCUCAGUGGACUUCACAGUUUGUACAGAAUAUCAGUAUGACAAUACGACACCCUCUGUCCUUAGACCCUCACAUCGU